ACCCUCCACUAGACAACCCCCGGCUGACUUCACAACCGCGUUGCUGAGCAAGGACUCAUUCGGCUCGGUUAGCCCGUCGUCCGCCUCCCAAUCACGCAGCCUUGGGUCCUCGACUAGACUUGGGUCCUCCUCGACUAGCUCCUUUAGCUCCAACUCCUUGCAGCCCGGCGCACCAGCGUCCACGUUCAAUACGCGUGGACAGCCGGUCAAUAAUGUCCGCUUUACACCGUCUGGUGGGUUCAGCUUCGGUACGGGCCAAACCACGGCUUCCAAUUUCCGUCCCAUUAACCAGCCAACCUCUCGGCCAACCUUCCGCCCCAUCAACCAGCAAACCUUUCAGCCAACAUUCCGUCCCGCCAGCCCAGUAUCUCAGCCAACCUUCCGCCCUUUUAGUCAGCAAACCUUCGGCCCCUUCAGCCAGCGGACCUCUCAGCCAGCGUCCAGUUCCGUGAACCAGCAGCCGUCUCUGCUGCCGAUGACGACGCCGCGAUCCACCUUCCCCACGGCGCUGUCCUUCACGUCGGCCUUCUCCCCGAACACCCCCACUUCGGCGCCGGCCGUGCUCACUGAGGCCGCGCGCUUCUUCGGCUCCAAUCCGGGUCCCUCCAGUCUGCCCGGCUCUGUGUCGACCUUCAGCCGCGGCGCCCCUCCGUCAGCCCUCGGUGGACAGGCGGGCGCCUUCUCCUUCGGCACGACCGCCACCGAGGCCAGCACGCUGGUGCAGUCGAUCGCCACAAGUCCGGCCGCGGCGGUGACUCCGCGGCCCACCUUCCGCCCGGAGACGCGUCGGCCGGCACCAAGACCCACGGUCGCCGCCGACCGCACCUCGUCGCAGAGGCGCCCAGCGUCGUCAACGUCGCAGAGGGCGGGCUCCGGUCGCUCUCUGGGGGAGGCCGCCUCCCGGGGAGCCGCCUCCCGGGGAGCCGCCUCCCAGCCGGCGAAGGUGCCGCAGGCCCUCGGCAGCGCGCCCGUGUUCGAGUUCGCGCAGAAGAACGGCCAGAUCACGCGCUCGUCGCACCUGAGGGGCUUUGACACGCGUCUGCCGACCUUCCGGGAGGAGGUGGUCGUCAGCGACCCCGUCUUCAGCAGCGCCGACAUCAAGCCCGGCUUCUCGUGCGAGGGCAAGCCCUACGGCUACUACGCGGACAUGGCCAACGACUGCAGGAUCUUUCACAUCUGCCAGCCAGUCGACGUGUCCAGAGACAGUAUAUUCUACACGCGGUACAGCUUCUUCUGCGGCAAGCAGACGCGGUUCGACCAGUCGAUGCUGUCCUGCCUGCACGACGAGGACGCCAUUGCCUGCUCGCAGUCGGUCGACUGGCUCUUCCGCAACGACGACUUCGGAGUGGAGGGUGACCUCGAGGAGCAGUUCCAGGCCGAUGUGCAGAGCGCAUCAUAGCACCAUCCCCCCCCCCCCCACCGCCCCUCACUGCGCUGCAGCUGCCGCUUCCCACCACGAAGCAGCUUCUGUCCCUGCCGAGAAGCGGCUGCUGCUCCCGCCGCGAAGCAGAUGCGGUUCCCGCCUCGAAGCAGCUGCCGCCGCCUCGCAGUGCAAUGGUCCCCGAACCAUGCGUUUUCCGAGACGCUGAAGUGCCUACUCAUGGGAACCAGGUGCCGACGUAUAUCGUGUGGGAGAGUGGGCGGCGGCGUUGGUUGUCUACGUGCAAGGAUUUCGCGGUCCACCGCCGGUGUCGGUGCACUGCAUGUCUGGGAAAAUCGCUCGUC